CCUUGACCUCAAUACAUUGCAAAAAAAAGCUGAGGGGGGGGAUUGUGUUCAAGUCUGACCACACAGCACAGAUUAUUAAAAGCCCCUUUAUUUCCUCCUAAAGCGUGAACAAUUAAUGCAGAGCAGCUUUUAAAUCCCACUCACCACCCCCGUCCCUCCCUUCCAAUAAAAUGGUCAGGCGUUACGGUUUUGCUUCACACCAUCAUGUUUCUCUAUCAGCUGCUCAACUUUUUCUUUGGGCUCCUCAAAAAAGAAGAAACUUCCAAGCAUGACCUGUCGCUGUACAAACGCGGGGACUUGUUGGAGGUGCCCAGGACGCUGUUCACCCACUUUGGCAUCUACUUGGGCAACGACCGGGUAGCUCACCUCAUUCCUGACAUCCUGCCGGCAAUUUCCAAGGACAAAUCCGCCAUUGCCAAGAUGGUGACCAACAACCGCCUAUUGAUGGGGGUCAUUGCCAAGGUGGCCAGCGUAAGAGUGGACUCUGUGGAGGAUUUUGCUUAUGGAGCAGAGAUUCUGAUCAACCACAUGGAUAAAAUGUGCAAGCGGCCCCCUUUGGAUGGGGAAGAGGUGGCACAGCGGGCUGAGAAACUACUGGGAUCGGUCACCUACAGCUUGCUGUGGUACAACUGCGAACACUAUGUCAUGUAUUGCAGAUACGGCGUCGCCAUAAGUUAUCAGACUUACCAGUUCUGCACAACGGUUCGGAAGAUCGUGUUCAGCAGAAUGAGCGCCUACUUGACAGCUCUGUGCGGCGUCUGCACCAUGCUGCACCUGGGCUGUGUGACGCUGACGGCAGCGUUGCUUACCUUUCUCAUCUCUUUCACCAUCUGGAUGGCGUCCUAACCAACCUCUUACCUGUUGGGAAAGCAAAAAUGAAAAGCUGACUGUGCUAAAACUUUGAGAGGAUUUUAAGCCUCACACAGUUCAUUUAGUAAUCAAAGACAAUGCCUUCAAUCACAAACAGACAUCUGUGUUAACACUGUUUCACACAGCCGCUACCUGCAUUUUGCACAUUUUCCAAAUAUGAAAUGUCGGUCUGUCGUGAUAAAUGCGUGAUGUACGUAAUUCAUAAGUGUUUCUUGCGUUCAUCGAUGUCCGCAGGUGUCUGUCGAGGAUUUUGGCUGACAAGUCUUUAUGUGAAUUUGGUUUUGAGCUGUUCCAAAUUUUUGGUCGGUUGAGAAUCAUGCAGCUUAUGACUAGAGUGUCUGUGUGACACAGCCUUCACAUCAAAGCUGAUCUAGAAUAAAAUUAGAUGAAUCUACAAAACCACAGACCCUGUGACUCAUCUUAGUUCCAUGAAUAACUUUUCUUCUCAAAGUGUAAAAAAGUUUCCUCUUUUGCUUUUCGCUUGAAUUGCACUGAGAGACCACAGGUCUCUUUUGGUCAGAUUAACAUCCCACUCUGAUCCUCUUUUGCUCUAUUGUAAAAGUGUUCAGAGUGGUCUUUUAAUUAUGAUUAUGCUGUUUUUAGGCUAAAUAAACAAAUCUGUGUCAUUUUCCAGGACAUAGUUUCUGCAGAGCUGCAGUAGCUCAUUUGAAAUUUGGGCGUGGAGUAAGCUUCCCCUUUUACUGUCAUCCAUCUUUUCACCCACUCUCCUGCUACCUUACAUCCCCUCACAAUCUAUUAUGACAGGUGCAACAAAAAUGGCGAGCAAUACUGGAGUUAUCCAGCUGUACAGUUUUGAAACCCAGUCUCAUCCCAAAACGUGUAGUAGUUUUGACCCAGAUCCCAGCUCUAACAAGGAAAUCAAAGACGUACAUGGAUCUAUUUGUCUGCAAGAUGAUCCAUCAGAAUGGAGCAGAGCAGGGAGCUUGUUGCCUGCAGACUGUAGCUUCUAUAUAACAGCUACAAACUUUUUCCAACAGCUUUUUUUCAUCCGUUCAUGAUUCAACUUGAAUACGAUUUGAAUAAAGAAAUACUCAGAAAUUCAAACUGGGCUUUUCAAUUUUAAUUUUUUUUGUUGUGUUCAGAAAAUGAAAAAAGUAGUGACAAUUUUAAGAAAUAAAACUUCCUGAAUGCAGACUGUCUCUGUUUCAUCAUAAAAGUG